CCUCGCAUUAAUUUCAGUGUCACCGGCGAUGAGUUACUGCUAUGAAUCAUAUGAUUUUCCCUUUUUGGUCUAUGACAUCAUUGUGUGUGGCACUGGUAGCAGAUGAGGUGUACCAAUUUCAUUUUCCUGUUUACUGUUAAAGCUCGCCUCUUCUUGAUUCACGUGGUCAACAAGUGACUAAUGCCUCCUAAUGAAUAUUAACGUGGCACGUAAGGAGAAGCCUCAGGAGCUGCACCUCAUCUGUGAGUCUGGAUCCAGUCUGGCUUCCCCUACCCCAGACUCAGCCCUCCGCUCACCCACUGCCACCCAGCGGGCAUCCCCACCAGAAGCCAGCCCAGUAGGCACCCCUUCUGCCCUCCCUGAUGUUAUCUUUGCCCCGAAGCUGGAGACUACCCAUCUCACCUCUGCCCAGGAACGCCAGCCCCUCCUGAGGCAUUCCACCAGGGGCACCAUCAAGAGCCUGGACGUGGAUGAUUUUAACAUCUUCAACGACGAUGUGGAAUUCACAGACUUUGUUAAGAAGGCUGAAGAUGCCAUAUUCCAGGGGAUCUACCCAGAGAGAAUAUCCCAAGGAUCUAGUGGAAGUUAUUUUGUUAAAAACAUGGAUAGGAAAAUUAUUUCUGUAUUCAAACCCAAGAGUGAAGAGCCCUAUGGUCACCUGAAUCCAAAAUGGAUCAAAUGGUUUCAGAGAACUUGUUUUCCUUGUUGCUUUGGACGAAGCUGUCUGCUUCCCAACCAAGGUUACCUGUCUGAGGCAGGGGCAUAUCUGGUUGAUAAGAAACUAGGCCUUAACAUCGUGCCAAAGACCAGGGUGGUGAAACUUGCCAGCGAAACUUUCAAUUAUUCGCCCAUCGAUAGAGCAAAGGCAAGGACAAAGAGAUUUACAUUAGAGAAGUUUGAAUCUCUGGGAAGAAGGUUUCAUCGAAUUGGUUUGCCCCCAAAGGUGGGUUCCUUUCAACUCUUUGUCAGUGGUUACAAGGAUGCUGAUUAUUGGCUACGGCGCUUUGAUACGGAGGCCUUACCUGAGUCUACAUCCAGGCAAUUCCAGAUGCAGUUUGAGCGGCUGGUAGUGCUAGACUACAUCAUCAGGAACACAGAUCGCGGUAAUGACAAUUGGCUAAUCAAAUACGACAAGUCGGAAGUGGAUGAAAGCGCAGAUCUAGAAGAAAGCUCUGAUUGGUCGAUGGUGAAACCACCUGACAUCAAGAUUGCUGCCAUUGACAAUGGUCUAGCAUUCCCAUUCAAACAUCCCGAUGAAUGGCGAGCAUAUCCCUAUCAUUGGGCUUGGUUAGGGCAAGCUAAGACCCCAUUCUCCUGUGAAGUCAAAGAUUCAGUUCUACCCAAACUCACAGACAUGAACUUUGUGGAAGAGCUUUGCAAGGAAUUGAAGGAUCUUUUCUCUAUUGACAAAGGAUUUGAUCGGCACAUGUAUGAAAAGCAGAUGUCUGUGAUGAGAGGACAGAUACUGAAUUUGUGUCAAGCCUUGCGUGAUGGUAAGAGCCCAGUCCAGUUAGUUCAGAUGCCUCUUGUGACUGUUGAGAAAAACAGUAAAGAUGGCCACCCAGGCCGGGUCAGACAACACAGUGAUUCCUUCACACAGAGCUUUCAUCAUCGCCAUCCUUUCUUCUCUUGGUGCUGACAUUACCAUGGCAACCCUUCUAAUAAAAAGAUAAGAUUCAACAACAAUGAGUAUUUUCAGGGAUUGUCUAAUUUUUUGUGUAUUGCCUCAAGAUAUGCACAUGCAUUUAGAGAAUUUGAAUUUAAAAUUGACAUACACAACUGGCAUUAAUGAUUGUAGCACAGUGUAUCGUAUUAAUAGAUAUGUACCUGAUAUAGCAUUUUUUAAAUCUUAAUUCAAGGCGAAUACUUGGAAAGUAUAUUUGAGCUUCACGAAAAAAGAUCCCGGCAUGAACUAGGUUAGAUUCUAACCUCUAACCGCCCACUUACAUUUUUUACAUGUCCCAACCACUUGACAACUAUGCCAACUUGAGAGUGCAUAUACUGCCUUUGAUCACCUCUUGAGGAAGGAAUCUUGUGAGGCUUUUUUAAGCAUUGCAUUAACAUUGUUUGCAUAUCUGGUGCUUCAAGUUACAUGAUUACGACAAGCAUAUAUACUUUGGUCGAUUGUUGAAUCAAAGAUCCAGUCGUGGUGUUUGUAAUUUGUACCAUGAUAAUUGACGUCGAUGUCAUGUUACCAUAAUGGUGUUUGAUACAUUUCUGGUUGCACUUUUUUGCUCAUGUUAUUACUAGAAAUAGGGCUAGAAUUUAAUUUGUGGUUUUUCGUUGUUUUGCUUUGGUUUUUGUAGCAAAUCUUACAGGAUGGCAUUGUCAAUGGAUUUUGUUGACAAAUGUGUAAAUAUUAUAUGUCCCUUGUCAUGUUGAUUGUGGCAUUUGAUUGAAGUUAAAGGUGAAAGACACCCUUUUUCAAGAGAGCUGUAAUCAUUUGAGAACAAGAUUCUUUCAGUUUGCAGCUUUUAACAAAGGUUUUGAAGGCAGCAAUAUUUGAAAGUAAAAUAUUCUCCGAGUAAUUCAGUAAUUAUGGUUUUGAAUGUGCAAUACUCAGUUGAUUUUAGGUUAAACUUCACAUUGAAUGUUAAUUUCUAUUUUAUUUUUUUGUCUCCUCACACAGAUUGUAGGAAGAGCUUAUGCGAACCAAAUUGCUUAUGAAAAAAAAUUGAACAAUUAAAACCGUCAGCCGUAUGUGUAUCAUCAUUUUUGCCAUAUGUUCCCUCAAGUAUGUGCUUCAAAAUUUCAUGAAAAAACAAAGGCUUGCAGUAAACAUAUUAACACCUUUGACGAAUAAUAAGAAACAAACAUUUCUUUUCACAAACGUGGAAAGUUUAUAUUUGUUUUUUGGAUUCCAAGGGUUCUUUUCCUGUUCGGAUUGAGACUCUUUGAUGUGUGUGAAGUGGAUACUUUUUCCACAUUUUUUCUCGGAAUCUGUUCAGCCAUGCUGGAAGUGCUAUCUUUCUUUUUUCUUUUUAAAUAUCCACACUAUUUUCUACUGGUCGUAAUUCAACCUAACGUUUUAAUAGUGGUAUCAAAACGUGGCAUAUUUCAAUGUUUUGACUACAUGUCGAACCAGUUUGUGCCUCAGUCAUCUACUUUGUUGAGCUUCCGUUUGCCUGAUUUCUGAGAUGUUUCUAUCUCCUGUUGAAUUUAUCAGAGGGGUUCUAGUAAACUGUUCGGAUGUGGGCAGAACGGAAGACAUAUGGAUGAAUUUUGCAAGUCAAAAAGGGAUGAGCGUUGGCCAAAGAUCAGUGAAACGAAAGAGAAAUAAUGGAGUCUGUUCUUUUCAGUUGCUAUUCUUUCGUUUAAACCCACAAACGCCUUUAAAACGUAAUGUAGACACUAAUUGCUUUCCUUCGAUGUCUUAAGUUAUUUGAUCUCAACAGUCUGAGAACAACCAGUUGGCAAGCCAAUCAAAGAAAUGUUUUGAAAUUGGUCAGUCUUUGAAUAUUUUAACUCGAUGACUAAUUGCAAGAAUAUGUCUGUUUUGCUUUGGAUUACACUUAUGCGAAUCAUUUUUUAUCAGCGUCUAAGUUUAAAGGACACCUCUGAAGUAAACAUCACUUCCCCCCUUCUUACCUGUCUAAUAUUAUUCUGAAAUAAACUUGAGAGGUAAAUAGGUCCAAGAAA